AUGUCGAGCUUCCCGUUCGGCAAAAAGAAAGCUUCUAUCAAUUGGGCGGAUGAGGACGACUCCAGCGACGACGAGAAGGGAGACGACUCGACCGGGCCGGACGAGCCCGACGUGCCCAGCUCGGACUCCGAGGACGAGGCCGACGCCGCCGCCGCCGCCGAGGAGUCGGAGGAGGAGCAGGACGCCUCCGACGACGACGAGGCCGAGAGCUCGGAGGAGGACGAGCCCGCGCCCGCCCCCGAGGUAGCGCCGACCGAGGAGAAGCCCAAGCCGCCGCCGCCGAAGCAGCUCACGAAGAAGGAGCGCAAGGCCCUCAAGGCGAAGGAGCUCGACGACCUCGACGCGCUGCUCGCCGCCGAGGGCCUCGCGCCGCAGGAGGCGCCCGCGCCCGCGCCCGCCGCGCCGCCCGCGCCGGCGCCGCCGGCCGCCGACGACGGCGACGCCAAGAAGAAGAAGAAAAAGAAGGGGCGCCGGCCGUCGGCCAAGGCGGACGAGCCCGCGGCGCCGCCGCCGCCCGCCGCGCCCGCCGCGCCGGCCGACGUCAAGGCGCUCCUCGCCAAAAAGGCCGCCGCCAGCAAAGGAUCGAAGUCCGGUGCGCGCGCGGCGUCCCACGCAAUUUCCUCAACUCCGUGGCGCAAUGGAUAGCGUAUCAGACUUCGAAUCUGGGGGUUGCGGGUUCGAGUCCCGUCGGAGUUGUUGUUCGCUUGAUGGACUGGAAAUCUGAAGGUUAUGAGUUCGAAUCUCAUAUCGGUUUCACCGCGGUACUUGGACUCUUGCAAGAUAGUGUGGCCGAGUGGUUAAGGCGGUAGACUUGAAAUCUACUCCCGUAAGGGUCGCAGGAUUGAUUCUCACCAAUCAAUGCGCUUUCGAACCCUGUCACUAUCGCGCACGUUGAUGAUGUGGCCGAGUGGUCUAUUAACCUGAGAUGGUUAGACCCUAGGCGCUGGUUUUAGGCACCAGUCUUCGGGCGUGGGUUCGAACCCCACCAUCAUCACUUGAGUUCAAUUCCGCACAUUUGUAUCCGUGGCCGAGUUGGUCUAAGGCGUUGGAUUUAAGCCCCAAUCUCUUCGGAGGCGUGGGUUCGAACCCCACCGGAUGCAAUUUGGACCGAUUGGCGCAACGGUAGCGCGUCAGAUUCCAGUCCUGAAGGUUACGUGUUCGAAUCACGUAUCGGUCACACAAAAGUCGCGGGCGCCGCCGCACGGAGUUUCCCGAAACUCACGCGUCCCCCGAACGCAGGCGGCGGCUCGGCCAUGUCGAAGGAGUCCGUCGCGGAGGCGAAGAAGCGCGCCGACGCGUUAGCCAAGAAGAAGAAGGCCGCUGAGGUACCGCGGCCGCGUCCUUAAAUCACGGCAAGGGGGUGUAGCUCAGUGGCAGAGCGUCCGCUUUGCAUGCGGAAAGCCCAGGGUUCAAACCCCUGCUCCUCCAGCCUUACGUACGCCGUCGGUACCGGGUUCCCCGAACUCACGCGUUUCCCCCUUCGCAGAAAAAGAAGAACAAGGCCAAGGGCAAGGGCCCGCAGCAGCGCUGAGCCUGCGGAAAUGCACGACAAGCUACCUACGGGCUUCCACGGUCUCGUUUCGCUGUCGAAUAUAGGAGAAUUAACACAAGCAACAUAUGAAACAGCGUCUCCUUGUUGUUUCGCUGUCGUUGUAGAAUGCUGACGCGGCGAUGGCGUCCUGAAGCGGUACGCGAGUCACUCGCGCCGCGGCGAUGGCGUGAUGGGCCACGCCGUCGACGCGACUCGUCUACGAGAGUCCAUAGGCCAACGACGCCCCGUAGAGAGAAUUAAUACAAGAAACA